GUGAACCCCUCCCCGGAGGCGCCUGUGGAAUGUCCAGAGCUCUGGUCCGUUCCUCCAUAUGGGGGGGGGGUUCGUACUCCAGGAGCCGCAUUCCAGGAUAAGGGGGGUGGGGAGAGGCCGGGCCGGGGGAGGGGCAGGAAAGAGGGCUAUAAGGGCCGUGGCCCAGGCAGGCGGGAGCCAGGCGGGCCAUGGCGGAUGUCCCCGGGGCACAGCGACCGGUUCCUAGCGGCCCAGAGCCCCGGGACCCCCUGGACUGCUGGGCCUGCGCUGUGCUGGUUACUGCCCAGAAUCUGUUGGUGGCUGCCUUCAAUCUUCUCUUGCUGGCGCUGGUGCUGGGGACCAUCCUGCUACCUGCUGUCACCAUGUUAGGCUUCGGCUUCCUCUGCCACUCCCAGUUCCUGCGUUCCCAGGCACCCCCUUGCACCGCGCAUCUGCGGGACCCGGGCUUCACGGCCCUGUUGGUCACUGGAUUCCUGCUCCUCGUGCCACUGCUCGUGCUUGCCCUGGCCAGCUACCGCCGCCUCUGCCUGCGCCUCCGUCUGGCUGACUGCCUCGUGCCCUACAGCCGAGCUCUCUAUCGGCGCCGGCGCACCCUGCAGCCGGGGCAAAUCCGGGCCUCGCCAGGGUCCCAGGCCGUUCCCACAUCAGGAAAAGUCUGGGUUUGAGAACCCUCGAGUCAAGAACAACCCUGACGACUGCCCUCCCUUUUAGUGGCCCAAGGACUUGAACCCCGGGGGUCUCCCUAUCUUCCCUGCCCCCACCCCUGCCUCAGUCUGGUCCCAGGAUCCCCUUGGCAAAUAGCAUUUGUGGACCCAAUGCUGGUGAAAAUUCGCCACACCUCGGAAA